UCCCUGCAAAUGGAGUACCUCCUCCUUUGGAACCCUAGGUUUUAUUGAAGAAGAAGACGACGAUGCAUCGUAGCAACCCCAAUCCACCCUCCGCCUUCGAUGACCACGGGGAGGAACAGCGAGUCGGUCUCCAACUUGAUAUGGAAAUUGCUCAUCCUGUUCCUGAUCCAUUUAUAUAUAAUGAAUCACAACCACCCUCAAUCUCAUCACUCUCACCAUUACCAUUACCACCAUCUUCAUCAUCAUCAUCAUCAUCAUCAUCAUCAAAACUCGCCUAUAUUUGUCCAACUGACUGUGAACAGUUUCAUUGGUAUGCUGUUCAAGUCUCCGACGACGACGACGACGACAAUCAACAAUUUCCCCACAACAGCCCUCGUCUUCCUUUUCACGAAGACGACAAUGAAAGGUAUCCACGGGAGCAGGGAUGAUGUCGAAAAAUUCCACCCCUAGCGGGGUUGGGGCAGGGGCAGGGGCAGGGAUGGGAUUUAUCCGCGAAGGCGGGGGUGGAGGUGGGGUGGGGGAUGACAAACCCGUCCCGUGACCAUCCCUAAUUGUGGUGGGUUGGCCUAAGGACCGUGUCCUCCGAAGGUACAAUGUUAAUACCAAAAAUUGGGUAAGUGAAGAGUUUGAAAUCUCUGAAACCCGCUUCUUUUUGUCCAGAUGAUUUAAUGGAACCUGCAUUGGCUGUUGACAGCAAGUUGUAUUGGUAUCCAGCUCCACACACUCAACGCCAAAUUCAAUCUCCAUGACUAUAGAAAGUCAUGCCAGCAAGUUGUAUUGGUAUUCAGCUCCUUACACUCAAUGCCAAAUUCAAUCUCCAUGACUAUAGAAAGUCAUGCCAGCAAGUUGUAUUGGUAUUCAGAUCAAAACACUCAAUGCCAAAUUCAAUCUCCAUGACUAUAGAAAGUCAUGCCUGUUGAUACUGGAUCUCCUCCUCCUUCGAGUUUGGCUCAUCUAGGCGGCAACAAGUUCUGCUUGUUUUGGUUUUCAGUGGUGGAACUCAGGCCAACAUUUAUAAUUGAGACGGAGCCGGAGUCCUUGUCUGAGAAAGAGUAGGAGGUGGAGGUGGUCCCUGGACCGCUUAAUUUGGAAUCUUUUCGCAUUUACUACAUGAAGUUUCGAGUUACCAAUGGCAGCCGUCCCCUAAAGAGUGGAAUAUUUCCCUUAAAAAAAAAUUCUAUCUCGUGCCAAUCUUAGUUUUUGAGUAUAUGACUUAUUUUUGUGGUGGCUUGGUGAUGUAAAGUAUGUCUUAUUUGCAAGACCUUAUUUUAGAAGAUGUAUAUAAUAUAAUCUUGAAAUUUUAACAAAACA